AUGGUCGAGGCAUCAAGUGAGGAAUUGGUUCACACCGCCGAGGCCAUUCAACAGGCUGCAGAGGAGAUAGACAUGCAAACAUCCAUCUGUGAGCAGGUCGUUGAGGCCAUCGCUGAAAGUCUUCGCUCCGGCCACGACGCUUCCAGGAGGGAGGCCAUCCGUGAUGGAGCCUGUGCGUUGGAGGAGUGGGCGGAUGAAGUGCGUUCUUUGUUGGCACGUUGGGACAUCCCCGGUUCCGAAGCUGAAGGCAACACCACUGCCGGUGACACGACACCGAAGUCGCUGAGCGACGAGUCUGAGGAAGAGGUGGCAAGUGAUGGAGACGCCUCUUGGUCUCUGCAGCGAUUGCAGCAACUGCAGCAUGAGUCAGAGGUGUGGUUGCACAAAUUGCCACCUCGGUUUCUUCUGCGCCGUCUGUGCAAAGGACACGAAGAAGGGACUUCUGACAGCAUGUCCGAGCAUGAUGCCGAUUCGUCGAACACCACAAAUUUCCUGCACGAUUUGAUCAAGAGCAAUGACACUCUUGAGAAGACUCUGGCAGACACACGACCUGCUUCCAUAGUCAGAGAAAUGAGGAGGUGCUGUUCUCGACUUGAUCAUGAAGCUGCUGGUCUCGAGAACACAGCCGCCCUGGUUGCCUCUGCUGCUAGCAUUUCGUGGCAGGCUGACUCCGUGUGCACUAGUCCUUCCAGGGCAGCAGUCUCCGACGUGUCCGCAUCGCCUUCGCCCAGAAUUGGACGUACCAAGUCAGUCACUGGUCUGGCACGUGGAUCUCGCAGCCGUUCGAGCUCGAGGACUUCCUCCCCUGCCAAGGCAUCGAGGGGUGGCUCUCGACCGGCAACUCCACGACAAGGUGUUCCCGGGAGAGCUGUGGCCCUGGCAAGUCCAAGGUUGGAGGGCCAGGGCGGAGAUGCAGGUCCCUCGUCGCCAGUGUCGCCCUCCUUUGGAGCUGGUCUUGGCUCGUCACUGCGCCACGCGGCAGCGGCCGAGGUGCCUGAGGAGGGCUACAACCCUUUCGAAGAUGAUCGGGUACGCACCUCUUCUGACAGCGAUGGGGUCGAGGCGUGCCACACUGGACUGGAGAAGGUAAUUACCAAUCCGUUCGGCGACUGCAGCCCGGACGGUGACCAAGAGACAGAGACGCUGGGCAAUCCGUUCGGGUUCAAGAGCGAAGAAGAAGCAGCCCACUGCUUCACCGAGAGACAACCGAAGCGGGAUGUCAACCCAUUUGACGACAGCCCCGACGAAAGCGCAAGCGAUUCGCCUGUGGAGGAUCUGGGAGGAAAUCCAUUCUCGGUGGAUCGUCGCGAGGAUGCAGGCGUCAGUCCAGUGGAGGAGACAUCGAAGACGCAACACUUUGGAAGUCCAGCAAGUCUGGCCGAGGAGAUGCAGCCUGGCCAUUGCUUCGAAAGUCCGGCAAGCUUUAGUGAGGGUACUGCCGUGGCACGAAAUGCAAUGGUCAGUAGACCUCUUUGUCUCGAAGUUGUGAAAGACACGGCCAGCCCUAGAGUGACCUCGUUAAUGCCAGGUGCAGCUCCGGUUCUGGAGAUGUGGCGGCGCCCAUCUCCCCGGCAGCUCCCGGGCGGCCUAGCAGGAUGUCUCUGCAAUGGUUUCAACGCGUCCAGGGAAAACGAGGACCUCGACGAAGAGCUACGGCAAGUGAUUGAUGCACCAUCUUUGGAGGCGGCCAUCGCAGCUAGUGACGCCUCGAUGUGCAAAGGCCGUUUAGACGCUGGCGAUUUCAGGAACUGGAAGUGGCGUGACCAUGCUGCCGAAGAAGGGCACCAAGUACUGGGAAAAAGCACUCACUUCCUGUCUGACAUGCUGGCCGACGAGGACUGGGGGUUCUUCUCAUACGAGCUGCUCCUGCUGAGUCGCCACUUCCUCCGCGAAGGCAGUCCUGCACUGGACCAGGUGUCUGCCCUGAUUCCGAUCUGCCGUGUGCGCUUGGGAAUCAACACCCAACUCCACCACCACAUCGUUGAGCUGUCCAAACCUUCCGGCAGUGAGGCCUUCUCACCGCUAGAUGUUCGGUAUCGGGUGGCCCUACUACUGAGGCUUUGGACCAGCUGGGAGACCUUUGAGUACGGAACAUUGGCAGAACCCUCGAAAGAGUGGACGCAGAAAUGGAUCCACAUGCAGCUCCGAGUCCUGAAAGGAUGCAUCCUUGAAAGAGCUAUGCAACUACACGAAGGACAAGAGGACCUGUCGGCCUGUGGGCGCUGCUUGCGGGCCCUUCGAGAGCUCACUGAGAUCGCGCUGAGUGGAAGCUGGGGGAAGCCGCAGGCGCUUGAAAGGAUGGCGGAACCCAGCGGACGAAGGCUUCUGGCGAUGGUCUUCAAGGAGAUGGACGCCCUGAGGCCCCUGGAGAGUUGGUCCUUCAACGUGGUCUUUGCUGCCAAAGUCUUCGGCACGCUCUGGCGUGCGGCAACGGAUUCUGAGGCAGAAGAUCGCCUGAGCUUGGAUGCUCCGCUGGUGGCUGCUGCUCUGCUGGCAGGCCUCCACCCACACUUGGCCCCGCUCCAGCUCGAAACCCACGCCUUGCUGUUUACGCAGCAGCUUUGGUCAGCGACCUUCUCUCCGAGCAUGCUGCAGCUGCCUGCCGCGGCGCUUGCUAUUUCUGCCAGCAUUCUCAGCGAUUUCUCUCACUGGCUUCAGAAGACUCCAGUGGACGCCGCGGCGUGCUUUGCGAGACAAGGUGCACCUGGAUCUUCGCAGCAACCCCUGGAGCUGAUCGCACGGCGGCUGCUCACAGUGGACUUGAGGGAUCAGCUGGUCCAGACUCUGACAGACUACAGGCGCCACUUUGAGCCGUCAGCUUUUGCAGCUGCACUGGAACUGUGGGAGCGCUGCUUUCGGGAGACACGUCGUUCCGAUGUCGGACGUGGGCGCAGCAACGAGGCAUUUGCCGAGGAUGCCGAGGAGGAGCAUGUGUUAGAGAGCGGGUCAACUGAAGAACUCUUCCGGUGCUUCGGACAGUGGUUCGUUUGGCAGUCUGCAAGCAAAGAAGCUGAGCUGGCCUUGCGGCCAUUUGACGAGCCUCCGAGGGUUCCUAUUGGAGACGAGGUUGCGUGGAAGCGUCUCGGCCCUGAGAUCAAGCAGUACCUCGAAGGACUCACCGAUGCAGUUCAGUCCCUGAUCGAAGAGCUGGAUUGCGAGAAGACGUUUUACAACGAGGCCUGGGCUGCUCAUGGGCUCGGGCCAGAGCACCUGGCCGUCUCAGCAGCGGCUGUGGUUGUGGCGGUGCGCCCACGUGUGGAGAAGCUGAAAGCUGGAGUGUGGCCAACGGGCCCGCCGAUUCUGGAAGUCCCGCCGGGAGGAGGGCGCUUAAUCCAGGUCCUUGAGGCUUUAGAUCGAGAAGCCAGCCGGCAUCGUGAAGCUAAUGUCCUGACAACAGAGCCACUGGUAGAUAUUCUGGUGCCUCAUGUCACAUCAGCUUUGGCGGAGAGUUUGGCUGCCCUGGACCGGGACAUCACUUCAAAAGCAUUGGACGGAGAUCCGGAUGCUCUGUUCGUGCCGCUGCGGCCGCCUUCCUCCAUUUAUUGCCAGGCAGUCGUAACCCUCUGGCGGUUCAUUCAUGAUGCCUUGGAUGCUCCGCUCAGUCUUGGCCUCCCUGUGGACAUUGUGGUCAGUCCAUUUAUCAAGGAUUUCCUUGGGAAGGUGCUGCAGCGGAGUGCCGAGCGUCUUGUGAGACCCUGUGAAGAUCGAGAAGCCUUCGGGAUGUCCAUUCGCGCGGCUCAAGUGGCCGAUGAACUGAAGAGCACGAACUGUGCAGUAGAUUCUGAGGAGGAAGAAGGUCCUGCAAAGAUAGCUGAUGCAAAGCGAUCGAGCGGCAGGGGAAGGAAGAAGUUCCUUACGAAGCUGUCUGGGCGGAGCUUUCCCGAGGAGGUGACGAAAAACAGUGUAAUGGAGGUGCGGCUGCAUGAAGUGAGCUCCAAGGUGAUUGCGGCUCCAGUGCGGCAGGUCAUGGUGCGACUGUCAUCGAUCGGGUUUUGCCUGGCAGAGCUAGCAGACGUGCACACCAAGCUCUUCAAGAUGGUGAACUCGGGCGAUGACGAUGGGGUUCCCACUGCUCGCCACAACGAAGCUCGGAUGCUGAUCUGCGAGGAGCUGCCGGAGUUGCAGGAGAGCCUCUUGCACCAGGGGCAAACCCUGGCCAGGUAUUUGGCAGCACGUCUCGUGUACCAUGAGCUACGUGCCGAGCUCUUUGAGAAGUUGUACUUUGUUGCAGUCCCAGGUGGAGGCACUCCAACGCCAAGCAAUGCGGUUGGCAGCUUCACACCUCGAGCUUCGACCACACCGGCAUCUUUUCUCGAGAGCGGCUCCGGCCCCACCCUGCUUACGCUCAAGGACAUUGUGGCCUGUCGCCAAAACAGCUUCCUGAGUCUUGUCGAGCAAGCCCCGUCAGCCUUGCUUGGUGCUUUUGUCGCGGAGCUCGGAAUUGAGCUUACACAUGCUUGGAUGUAUGUCAUCGUCGACUACUUGCGCAAGCAGCAGCUGGACCAGAUCUACGAGCACCUCGCGAGCGAUCAGGAAGCACUGAGUCGAGCGAUCGACUCCAUGAUGCAAGCAACGCGGCAGCGAGUGCAAACGAAAGCACUAGGAGGACUCACGCUGGAAGAUUGCCGAAACGCAGAGAAGCGUCUGGAAGAGGUCCAGCGGCUUUCGCAGUGUCUCAUUGAGGAGACCCGCGUUCGCACGGCCGAGGAACUUGCCCGGUAUGCUGCGAAAGUGCGAGGCGAGUUUUCUCAAGAGGGACGUGAUGCCGGGCCAUCGGUUUUGGCGCGGGAGCGUUCGCAAACUCCCACUCCUUUGGGUCGUUCCAAGUCGCCACACCCGAGGUCUGCAUCCCCAUCCGGAGCAUCUGCGGGUGCUUUUGGCGGCUACUACUCACCCCGUAGCCCAUCACCGGUGCUGAUAUCGCCACGAGAAGGUCCAGAUUCUCAGGCAACUUCCAGCAGGUCGGCAAAGCAGCGAUUCCAGGGAGCCUGGAAAGCCAUGAAGCGCUUGGGGAAAGGACACAAGGAGAUGGAUGUCAGGGAUUCUCGACAAUGA